UCUUUCGGUUCGUUUUCGAUAGUAUACUCUUGGAAGGUAAGGGCAUUACGUGCAGGUCCACAACCGUAGCUUGUGAAAGAGGAUGCGAGAGACCUAUAAAUCACCCUACCCUGGGCAGCUCAUCUGAACUCGUCUUCCUUUUCCUUGUACAUCUGCAAUUUCUUGUCUAACUUAUCUCGGAAACCUCAAACGAGAACGUCAACCAAUCCAAAAUGUUGAACAAGGUCCUCGCCAUCUCAGCCUUGGCUGCUUCGGUCCUGGCUGCGCCUCUCCAGCUCCCAGACACCUCGAACAUGGACCUGCUUACCCUUCUCAACAAGACAGCUGGGUUCCACUACCUCAGCGAGAAUGUCGGCCAGGUUCCUGCUCUUGCCAGUGCAUUGAACAGUCUCACCAACGUCACCAUCCUCGCACCAAGCGACAUCGCCCUGAGACUAUUCCCUUGGGAUACUCGAUACUACGAGGAAUGGGAGUUGGCCGGCAUCGACUACUUGCAGGCCGUCAUUGGAUACCACAUCCUCGAUGGCGUCCACACCAACCUGUCAACCACCUUUGCCCCCUACAAGACCGCUGUCAAGCAAAAGCCAUGGACCACUGUCCCCGGUGGCCAAGUCGUCAUGGGUCGUUUCGACACCCGAACCUUCGAGACCGCCUUUGUCUCCGGCAGAGGCUAUCUCGCCCAGGCCCCAACUUACAUGAAGUUCAAAGGUGGAAUCGUCUAUGCCAUUGACGACGUGCUCAACCUCCCCCAAGGUGUCGCUUACGAGUUGGACAACAAGGCCGCGAAUGCCACCAGAUUCAUCGCCGCCCUUGGUCGUGCCGGUCUGUUGGAUGAAGUCGAGAGUUUAGAUCAAGUUACCAUCUUUGCUCCCCGAGAUGACGCGUUCCGAGAGGUCGAAAAGGCCGUCUAUGGUCUCAGCAAGGCCGACUUGGCCGCCAUGCUCAAGUACCACAUCGUCCCCAACCAAAUCACCUACUCGUCGGGGUGGAAGAACGGAACCACCUUCAAGACCAUGGGAGAUCAAGACAUCAAGAUCAACAUCCAGCGACGAAACUUCAUCCAGAAUGCUCGCGUCUUGGGUAACGAUGUGCCCAUCAAGAACGGCGUCGUUCAUGUCAUUGACCAGGUCAUGAACCCCAAGUUCACCGUCAAGGCUCAGAACGCCACCCAGGGCAACGGUGAUCCUGCCUUCCCUCUCGGCCCUGGGUUCUUCUAGAUUCCAAAAGUGCUAAAAGGAAUGGACAACCACCUUAGCAACGACGACACGAUAUCAACCGUCACUAAUAUAUUGAUGGCCGCUCUCUGAAAACUCAAAAAAGGACCGUCGUUGGCGUCGAGAGACAAACCGGAUACAUAACAGCCAUCUCUCCGCGGCGAUAGACAUGAGCUCAUGCUUACAUCUAAUUGAGAGUCGGCCAACCAGCCACUAAUCUGUGAGAAGGCACCGUUGCUGUUUGCACCGAAAAAGUAGUCGUUUUGCAACGCGUACAUACUCAAAUAGAGAUAGCUAUAAUUCGAUACUCAAAAUUUUAUAUCAACCCAGCUAGAGA